UCUGAAAACUCUUGCAAACUGAUUUGCUAAGUUCAGGGUUCCAGCUUUUGGCGCUACCAUUAACGGACGUUCGAUUGUUCCGGAGCCAAUCAAUGCUGCCAAACUUCUUUCCCCAUUUUCAUUCAUUCAUCUCUAACUGCCUUCCUCUCGUCAAUCAAUGUCUGAUCGAGCCCAAAGAAAACGAGGAAAGCAAAGGAAGAAAAAAAUAGAGGAGAGAGAAAAAUUAAGAGGAACUUUGGAUCAUCCUAAGUGUUCUUCGUCUUCUCUGGUUCGCCUGUUUCGGGCCCGAGAUGGGGAAGAUGGUGUAGAAUGACAGAAUAAUAAGUGCAGAACAAAACUCACAGGUCGUUUUCCGCUCCUUAGGCGUACAGGAAAACGUUCUUCUCUGUGUUUGUUCUGUAACUGUAACGUACGCUCAUCUCUUUUGCCUGUUUUCCUGUACGCCCAAACCUCUCCGUUGUUUCUCUUUCUUUUCUUUCUCCAAUCUCAUCUUAUUACCUAAAGGGUCUUCAUUGAAGCCAUGAUCACCAAAACCCAUCUAUUGUUCUCUCUCAUUCUCUUCUCCUUCCUCUCAAAUGUCGUUUUUAAGACCGAAGCCUCCGCCGGUUCGUUCCUCCUGAGCUGCGGCUCUACAAGCUCCGACGCCGAUUCCGAUGGCAGAACAUGGGAGCCCGACUCUAAGUACCUCGAGACACAGGAUAAUUCAAUGCCUUCUACAGCUGAAUUCCAGGACCCAUCUCUUCCUUCUACAAUUCCAUACAUGAGCGCCAGAGUUUUCACAGCUCCAUCCUCAUACAAGUUCUCCAUUUCCCUAAACGACAGGCACUGGGUCAGACUCCAUUUCUAUCCAACUUCCUACAGCGGCCUUAACGCCACCGACGCCUUCUUCUCAGUUGUUGCAGGUGGGGUUACACUUCUUAACAAUUUCAGCGCUUACAUUACAGCAGAAGCUCUCACACAGGCUUACAUCAUCAGAGAAUUCUCUCUGGUCCCCGUUCCCACCGGCCAACUCAGCCUCACCUUCACGCCUUCUGACAAACAUGAUGGUUCCUACGCUUUUAUCAAUGGCAUUGAAGUGAUUCCGAUGCCGAAUGUGUUCCAGAAUGCGAUGCUGGUGGGGUUCCCCGAUCAGCCCGUUGACGUCCAGAGCUCUAAUCUGCAGACUAUGUACAGGCUCAAUGUGGGUGGGCAGUAUAUUUCUCCUGUAAAUGAUUCUGGCCUCACCAGAACCUGGUACGAUGAUUCUCCAUAUCUGUUUGGUGCUAAUAUGGGUAUCUCCUUUGAGGCUGGCAAGAAUGUAACUAUCCAAUAUACCGACGAGCAGAAGCCUGCAGCUCCGCUUGAUGUCUACAGCUCUGCGAGGACGAUGGGACCAGAAUCCACUGUCAAUGCGAAUGCUAAUCUCACAUGGGUGUUCCAGGUUGAUGGGAGUUUCAUGUAUGUAGUUAGAUUUCACUUCUGUGAACUGGACAUGACCAAGGUUAAUCAGAGAGUGUUCGACAUUUACGUCAACAACCAGACGGCACAGGUGGGGGCCGAUGUUAUCUUAUGGUCUGGUGGAAGGGGAAUACCGAUGUACAAGGAUUUUGCAGUGUUUUCUACCGAAGAACCCGGUGAUGAAAUGCUGUGGGUGGCAUUGCAUCCCACUGUCUCUGCGAGGCCUGAAUACUAUGAUGCCAUCCUUAAUGGAUUGGAGAUAUUCAAGCUCAAUGACAGCAACGCGAACUUGGCAGGGCCCAACCCUGUGCCGUCGCCAAUGCUCAUCAAGGCCGAAGAAAUGAGGGAGUUUGCUCCGCCGAGGUCCAAUGGAAAUGCCGAAGUCAUUGGUGGGGCUGCUGGUGGUGCAGCUGCCGUUGGGCUUGUGGCCGCUAUCUGCAUUGCUGCAUACCAGAGGAAGAAGAAAGUCGUCGGAGCUGACGCCGCCGGUCCAUAUGGUUGGUUGCCACUUUAUGGAAGUAGCCACACCACGACGAGCAAGUCCACCAUCUCCGGAAAGAGUACUGCCAGCAGCCACCUUUCAUCCCUGGCUGUUAGUCUGUGCAGGCAUUUCUCCCUGGCGGAGAUAAAGCAUGGUACGAAGAACUUCGAUGAGUCUCAGGUUAUUGGGGUUGGUGGCUUUGGGAAGGUGUAUAAAGGAGUUAUUGAUGGAAGCACCAAGGUAGCUAUUAAGAGAGCAAACCCAUCUUCAGAACAAGGAGUCAAUGAAUUCCAGACCGAAAUUGAGAUGCUUUCUAAGUUGAGACACAGACAUUUGGUGUCUCUGAUUGGGUACUGCGAGGAGAACGACGAGAUGAUUUUGGUCUAUGAUUACAUGGCUUUUGGGACUCUGAGGGAACAUCUCUACAAGACCAAUAAACCUCCUCUGUCCUGGAAGCAGAGGUUGGAGAUCUGCAUCGGAGCUGCAAGGGGACUUCACUACCUCCACACUGGUGCAAAAUACACAAUCAUUCACAGGGAUGUGAAGACCACCAACAUCCUUCUGGACGACAAGUGGGUGGCCAAGGUUUCAGAUUUUGGACUGUCGAAAACUGGUCCCGACAUGAUGAACCAGUCCCAUGUUAGCACAGUGGUGAAAGGCAGCUUUGGGUAUUUGGACCCUGAAUACUUCCGACGGCAGCAGUUGACAGAGAAGUCCGAUGUAUACUCAUUUGGGGUUGUUCUGUUUGAGGUGUUGUGCGCCAGGCCGGCUCUGAAUCCAAGCCUUCCCAAGGAGCAAGUCAGUCUUGCAGACUGGGCCUUACACUGCCAGAAGAAAGGAGUGCUGGAGGACAUCGUCGAUCCUCACCUGAAGGGAAAGAUCACCCCAGAAUGCUUCAAGAAGUUCGCUGAGACAGCUGAGAAAUGCUUGUCUGAUCAUGGACUUGACCGCCCCUCCAUGGGUGAUGUGUUGUGGAAUCUUGAGUAUUGCCUUCAAGUGCAAGAGAACCCCGACGGUGUGAAAAUGGAGAAGGAUGAUAGCGAAACAAACGCUCCAAUGGCUGCCAGUAGUUCUGAUAUAGAAAUGUAUCACGCCACUCUAGGCCUUGGAGCUGGAGGCAGCAGUGACGACGUGAUCUUCUCUCAGUUUAUCAAUCCAAAGGGGCGAUGAGGAAAAUUUUCUCAUCAACAUUAAUCGAUCAAUCUUUGUUUGUUCUGCUAGAAUCAGGUAGGAUGAGUCCCAGGAAUGGAAUUCGAGCAAAUAACCCUUGCUGUUAGGGCUUUUUUCAUUUUGGUUUAAUUUCUUCACACAAUGAUCGAUGCUUUUGUUAUUUGUUAUUUGUUAUAUAUGUGAAUGUUCCUUCCUAAUUAGGCUAUUGUAAUUGAUAGUCACA